AUGUCGGCCGACCUCUUUGCUGAGUUUGGCGCUUCUUCACAAAGCAACCAUACCUCAAAAUCAACGCAUCCAACCCAGUCCGCACCCGCUAGCGAUCCUUUCUCAUUCUUCGACUCUUCCUUCUCCUCCGCCCUUCCGACCACUGGCAGCAAUCCAGCACAGCCGCCACAGUCCCAAUGGGAGACCUCGUCACCAUGGCCAACCUCUCAAACCACCACCGGGGGAGGUGGCAGCAUGUGGGAUGAUCUGGGAGGUCUCGGCGCAAAAAAACUGUCAGCAGCACCGGCGGCGGCUGACGAGGAUGAUGGCUGGGGAGACUUUGAGGUCGCAAGCCCGGGAGUACUCGAAACCCCUCCCAAGCCUAAGCCUGUACCGAACGCCUUCUCCGUCCCUUCGAACGUUGCGAACAAGGCCACGGCGUCCAGCUCUGCGCCUCGUCCAGAGCCGAGGAUAGUACGCGCAUCCACAUUGGACAUGAUUACCAAUAGCUUGGUAGACACGGGAGUAGGAGAUGCGAGCUCGGGGGUGGAUAAAAUGCAGACACAUACAGAGCAGCCGCCUCCAAAGAGGCCAGAGCCUAGACCCAAGAAUCCUGACCCCAAUGUCCUCUUUGAUGCCGACGAUUUUGACGGCGAAGCCCCUCCCGCCGAGGAUGAGGAUGACGACGAGUUUGGUGACUUUGAAACAGUUACUGCCCCACCUCCGGCCGCUCCGACGCCCAUAAUAGACCUCAUGUCGGGACUCAGUGCUCCUGUUGGAACAGCAGGCUUCUCUGGCAGAGCCUCGUCCACUAACAGGAAUGCGCCGCCAAGCCAGCUGCUGUCAUCACCCGGCUUUUCGAACAACGGCACGUUCCCACCCCCCAAAAGGUCGCCCUCGUUCCAGGAGCGGAAUCCCUUCCAGGGUUUGAAGGUGACGACGCCUAAGCAGGAUGAGUUUGGUUUCGCCAAUGGAACCAAGCAGCAGCAGCCGCUGGCGGCAGCUAAGAAACCAGAAGAUUCACCAUCGCCCGUGACAGCCUGGCCUGCCCCGUUGACAGAGAAACAGGCAGCAAAGGAGUCCACGGAUAUUUGGGGUGCAUUUGACGACUUGACGCCCGAGAAGAAGCCCCAGCCGGAGACGACCAACCCCGGUUGGGAUUGGGAUGUGGCGGAUGGAGUGGUCCAGCAGUCAUCAGGCUCUGCCGUGACCCCUUUCCCAGGCGCUACCCAGAAGCAACAACCUAAACCCGCGCCGACCAAGAAGACCAAAAAGGCUCCAGCCAAGCAGGAAGAGGAGCAUGAUGCGAGCUGGGACUGGGAAGCCGAGACGCCCGCACAAGAAAAACUCAUGACCCAGCCCAAAACCCAACCUCAGCCGAAAAUCCUAGACGACAAGGCACCGCCGCCCACCAACAUCCCACCCCCUUCGAUCCUCCUCUCACUCUUCCCCACCCUCCUUGCCCUCCCCAACGAAGCUCUCUACAAGCCGACGGCGAGCCAAACCCCCGCCGCCAAGGCCCGCGUGCUCUCGGACCCGGCGACGGCCACCUUCCUGCGCGCCUACCUCGUGCUCGCAACCGUGGCGGCCCGCAUCCUCGCCGGCCGCAAGCAACGCUGGCACCGCGACAAGUUCCUGGCCCAGGGCAUGUCCAUCUCAGCCGCCGGCGGCAAGGGCGGCGGCAUGAAGCUGGCAGGCGUCGACAAGACCCAGGCCGCCCGCGAGAACAGGGAAGCCGCCGACGUGGUCGCCGUGUGGCGCACUCACGUCGGCCGCCUCCGCGCCGUAGUCGCCGCCGUCGCCAAGGAAGACGACGGCAACAACCAACAACAGCACUUCAGGGUCCCCGAGAUCGCAGAGAAGCCCGUCGUCUCGACGGCCAAAAACGUCCCCACCGCGCCCAAGGCAUGCAUCGUCUGCGGCCUCAAGCGGGACGAGCGCGUCAAGGGCGUAGACUUUGAGGUCGAGGACAGCUUUGGCGAGUGGUGGGUCGACCAUUGGGGUCACAGGGCGUGUAGGAACUUUUGGGUAGAGCAUGAAGCUGAGCUGCGGCAGAGAUGA